GGAAGGAAGGUUGCUGGGUUUGGUGGAAGAGAGUGGUCGGGUCCUGGCCGGCAAAGCGAGGAGCGUCACGGCGCGUUGGGGUGGCGGUCGGGAAGCAGUGACGGCUUCCGGAACGGGGAGUGAGCGGCAGAUUUCUCACCGUGGAAAUUAACACAGCAGAAGUAGCCACGAUGUCUGUGGAUCCAAUGGCCUACGAGGCCCAGUUCUUUGGGUUUACGCCGCAGACGUGCAUGCUUCGGACCUACAUUGCGUUUCAGGACUACCUGUUCGAGGUGACGCAGGCCGUGGAGCAGGUUAUCCUGAGGAAGCUGGACGGCAUCCCGGGCUGCGAGAUCAGCCCCGUCCAGAUUCGUAAAUGCACGGAGAAGUUUCUUGGCUUCAUGAAAGGACGAUUUGACAGCCUCUUUGGCAAAAUGGAGCAGCUGUUUUUACAGUUGGUUUUGCGUAUCCCCCCAAACGUCUUGCUUCCGGAGGAUAAAGCCCAGGAGAUGCACCCUUGUGGUGAGAAAGAAUUCCAGCUUCUCCAGAGAGAAAUUGAAGAGUUGCAGGAGAGAUACAAGACUGAAGCACGCGCCCAGCAGGCCCUGCUCGCAGAACUGGAGGAACAGAAGAUUGUUCAGGCCAAACUCAGACAGACACUGGCUUUGUUUGACGAGCUUGAGAAUGCUGGCAGAGAUCAGGGGACCAGUGAUUUUAGGGAGAGCCUGGCGUUCCUGGUCCAGAACUCCAGGAAACUACAGAAUAUUAGGGACAGUGUGGAAAGGGAAGGCAAAAGACUGAAAGCAUCUUAACUUCUAGGCAGUAACAGGACCCGUCAGUAGAGUCACAGAGGAUUUAUGUCAAGGAUGAGUCUUACUCUAGCGAACCAUACGUUUCUCGGCUUUGCUCUGUUCGGGCUCUCUUGUACUCCGCAGCCCCCUCUUUUUUGGCCUGCUCUCCUGAGGUGUCCCCACGCCCGCCUGGGCUGAUCUCUGGAGCAUCUGUCCGUCCCUCAGAGACUCUAGUAGGUGGGAAGGGUCCCUGGUUCAGUAACAGCUCACCGCGGGGCGCGACUGAGGAGGCAGAGCCGGCUUGGCCCGUCAGGGAUGUUUCUAAACGUUCCGCCUUGGUCACGAGUCCUGUGUAACCUUGAUCCUUUUGACUUACUCUUUGGAUGCGAUCAAGUGAGAGAAGGGUUAAGUGGGUGGCUUCCUUAUUACCCAGCCACUGCCCCUGGAGAGAGCCAGCACAGACUGCCUGCCCGUGCCCGCCCCCGUGUCUUACGUGGGGAAGUUAGCCAAGGGACAGAAGCAAGCAGAAAACACACCCGUGCUCUUUAGUAAAGAGGAAAGAAGCUGUUUUUGUUCCUAAAAUAAAUCCUUUCGUGAUCAGGCUUUCAGUGACGGGAAACGGUUUGCUGUCUGGGAGCCCAGCCGUGGAAGACCGUGCGUGGACAAGGAACUGGCAGAUCUCUCCGGAAUAGAAAGGGAAGCCUGGAACGCAGCCAGUAGGAAGGUUUAUAUGAAAUGACCGCUAGGUAUUUAUAUCAUUUUUUCUCACACUUCAGUUAGUUUUGGAAUCUGCGCUGUGCCUAAUAUUUAAUUAUCUUAUUUAUUGACACUCCUAAGCAUCAAAUAUUUAGUUCCCGCAGUGGGAAAUUUUAGCUGUGUCUUGUGCUUAAAUUUAGUGGAGUCUAAUACUUUUCUUCUGUAACCCACGUACAAUGUCCUGUCCCCAGAGCAAGAGGAUAAAUAGUGCUGCUUGCCUGCCACGUCUUCCUAAAGAACAGGGUUUGGAGUUUCUCCUUUAUAUAGAAGAGGAACUCAGGGCAUUAAUAUUUGCAAUUAAAUAUUCAUAGAUUAAAGAUGCCUGUGUUUACCUGGGAUAUGUGUAUUAUCAAAGAGUCUUUUCUAGUCCUGUACAUUAAAUGCAUAUAUUUUAAA